AAGCCCAAAGAGAAAAGAUUGUUGGGCCAAAUUCUGCCAAGUGAAAUGAAUUUUGGUUGUUUCUAUUUUAAUCAACGGAAAAAGAUUGAUAUACUCCUCAACUUUAUCGUUUAGAAUUGAUAUAUAAAAAUGAUUCACGUUAUAAAAGUGGUUCACAUUUAAAGCUGAUAUUCCCUUCAACUUUUUCUUAUUAUUAGUUUAAGCACAAAAAACAGCAAAUGCACAAAGAAGCAAGGAAUUUCUCACAUUAAAUUUGAGAUUUAUUAUAUCAUACUAACCUAUUUAUUAUAUUUCGACUGAAAAAGAAAAAGAAAAAUUUACUUUUUUAAUAUUAGAGUCAAGUCAGCAGCAGUAGUACUAAUUUUUAACUGUAGUAAUAAUAAUAAUAAUUCCACUUAUAUAUUGUCACACAGUAGACGUGUCAAAGUCACAGCUUAUGACAAAAAGCAAAAGUGCUUAAGUGUCAUUCACUUAUUGGGUGUGAAAAACCCUAAAACCCUUAAUAUAUUGUGUCUCAAAGAGACAGGUUAUUGCCGUUUAGGGUUUAAGCAAAAUCAAGAAAAAGCAGUUAAGCAGCUUCUGUUCCUCAGCUGCUGUGUGUUUGGCAAAAGGGAAAAAAUAAUGGUGGUUGACAAAGGGAAGAAGCAGAAAGUGGAAGAGGAAAACUACAUUGAUGAAAAGCUCAUUUUUUCCAUUGAAAAAUUGCAAGAAAUACAAGAUGACCUUGACAAGAUCAAUGAGAAAGCAAGCGAGGAAGUGUUGGAAAUAGAACAGAAGUACAACAAGAUCCGCAAGCCUGUUUAUGAUAAGCGAAAUGAUAUCAUUAACUCUAUUUCUGACUUCUGGUUGACUGCUUUUUUGAGUCAUCCUGUUCUUGGUGACCUUCUAACUGAAGAGGACCAAAAGAUUUUCAAAUUCUUAAGUUCUAUUGAAGUGGAAGACUCGAAAGAUGUGAAAUUUGGUUAUUCAAUCGCGUUUAACUUUAAGUCCAAUCCUUUUUUUGAAAAUUCAAAGCUCUCAAAGACCUAUACCUUUCUUGAAGAUGGACCUACAAAAAUCACAGCUACACCAAUAAAAUGGAAAGAAGGCAAGGGCAUUCCUAAUGGUGUUGCUCAGGAGAAGAAAGGAAACAAGCGAUCCCAUGCUGAAGAGAGCUUCUUCACCUGGUUCAGUGAAGUCAAUAAAAAAGAUGACAGCGAUGAUGAUGAAAAUGAGGUUCUGGAGAUUCAGGAUGAGGUUGCUGAAAUAAUCAAGGAUGACUUGUGGCCAAACCCUUUAACUUAUUUUACCAAUGAGCCUGAUGAAGAAGAUUUUGAGGGUGAUGAAGGUGGUGAUGAGGGCGAAGACUCUGAAGAUGAAGGUGAUGAGGAGGAAGAGGAAGACGACGAAGAUGAAGAAGAUAAAUGAACUGUUAAUGGACCUCGUGUUUGAUUUGAUUUCUCUUCGACGUUUCAAUCAUCAUAGUUGCUAUCUGUAAAGAAGCUUAAUAUUGCAGAAAAAUUGAAUUAUAUAUAGUGGUGACUUCUUUUU